AUGACAGACGAGUCAAGACGCCUUUCGGUCUUUAAAGAGAAGCGAGGACCGGGAGCCCACCGUCCUUCGUCAGCUGCAAGGAUGGGCAGGCGAUUCUGUCGAGUGCGAAGAAAAGGGAAAGCAACUGCACAGGCCGCUGUCGAAAAGAGAACAAAAGGACGGAACCCACGCCGCUGCUCUCUGAUGUUUUUUUCUGGAUCUUCUCCGUCACAUGCACAUUUUUUCGGGCAUCGUCGAGCUUCGUCGUCAUCUUUCUUCGGACUCUCAUCGUCUCCUCCGUUGUCGGAUUCACGGCCUACCCUUGGGUUCUACUCCUUCACUUUCUCUGCGGAUACAUCUUCUUUCCUUGAGCUUACUCCAUCAUCGGCUCCCUCCUCGUCUUCUUCAGUGCCUUCUUUUCCUGCAUCUACCUCUGCACUUCCUUCUCGCGCUUCUUCCCUUCCGUCAUCCUCUAAUUCCUCGCUCACCUCUCGAUGGUCGCGUUCGUCUUCUCCUUCUUCAUUUCCCUCUUCUCUUUCGCCUGCUAGUUCUCCUUGUUGUGUGUACCCUACUUCCGCUCCGUCUUCGAGUUCAUAUGCUGCUUCAUCGUCUGCGUUUCCUCCGUCUGCUUCGUUGUCCCCUCUGCCCCUGUUGGAGAGCCCUGUCUCGUCUCCGGCUUCUGUCCCUCUCUCAUCCUCUUGUUCUCCUUCCUGUACCAGGUCUUCUGCGCCUGGAUGUUCAGGGCAAAUCGCGGUUUCACCCGUAGAUCCGCCAUCCCUGUUUCUACCGCGUUUUUCUUCACAUGGUACUCCAAAUAAUUGCGGACGACCUUCCCGCUGGAAGGUAUGUCUCCAUUUCGUCUCGUUCCUCUUCAGUCUCCUCUCUGUAUUUCUUGUCGCCUCCCUUGUUCACCCGUCUGCUGCAGCCCCUGGGGUGUAUGUACACCCAGGGGCCGGCGCGGUUUGGAGGGCGGCGUCUGCUGGACUCCCCAGGUCUUUGUGCGAGUCACCUUAUCUCCGUCAGAGUCGGCGAAUUCUCGGCGAAAGAAGCCGACGAGCCGCGUUGGCUGUUGCCUGCCUUUCGGGUCCAUCAGGCGACGCUUCUCUCCCUUCAUUUUCAACAUUUCUUCUCUCGCCUGGGUCGGCGUUUUCUCCUUCGGCCAAGACACGUUCCUCGCUCGAUACGGAUCUGAGUUCGGCCGCAUGCGCCCCAUCUGCGAAAAAACAUGACUCACUCGCAGUUUUCUGUUCCCUUUCCUGUCUUCAAUCCUUCUCGCCUGAACUGUGUCCGUCACCCGCAGCUGCAUGCAGACAACUUUCUUUCUCCUCUCUCAGUUUCCUCCCCUCCCCAUCUAAAGCAGUGCAUACAGCCCUCGGCGCCGGCGCCUCCACUCGGUCAUGUGCCGGGGUGUAUGUACACCGCAGGGUGUCGGUGGCUGACGGGGGCAUGCGCGGAGCGUGGCGGAGGCGGGAGGAAGGCUGUGGAGGCGAGGCUCGGCUCGACGAACAUCGGGGGAAUUUCUGGAGACAGGCAUCAGCCCUCAAGCUGUCAAGUGUACAUACAGCACAGGCAAUAAUGCGCUCUGGAUCCCCUUUCUCGUCUCGUUCUUCCGUGCAAUCCGCGUCGUCCUCCUUUCACUUGUCGUCGGACUGUGCUUCGCCGGUGUCGACUUCAUCGCUCCUGUCAAGUUUCAGUGAAGAAGGCGAAAGAGGUGAAAACGCGACAAGCCCCCACUGCGCGAUGCCUGCAGCCGUGAGCGCCGAGAGCCUCCAAGUGUUUUCCGCACUGUUCCGACCUCGGGGACGCAAGGCCGAGGAGAGCGGGCAGUCGCAAACGACGGUCGAAAAACGUUCUCUACAGCCACGAUCCCCGUCUCCGUCUGCGGCUUCCUCUCCUUCUUCACCUUCUCCCUCUGCUUCGGUGUCGCACUCGAGCGACCCGUUUUUUGUGGAGCCUUUCUCGGCGGCUUCUGGCGAGUCCCCUGAAGAGUAUUUGCUGCGAGGGCGUCUGGCGCAGCCGCCGCCGCUGCUGGACGACGCCGGCGCAUUGCUUCCACGGAACGCCAGUACGCCGUUUCCGACUCUGAGUCCUUUCCGAGUGAGCGCGGAGGCGCGAGGCCGUCUGCAGCCACAGGUCGUCGACUCGUUGACUCCUUGGAAGCGGAUCGUCGCUGACAAGUUCGUACGCACAGCGACUGACACGUUCAUCCCGAAACACCGGAACUUCUCUGCACACAAGAUAGGCCAAGCCGCUGCCGUCCAGAGCGCAUCAGCUGCUGCCGACCUCCCUCUCGUUCGCGACGCCGUCGAGCGCGCUGUGUGGGCCGCUGAAAAAAGACAAGAGAAGCUGAUGCGGCAACGCGCAGCAGAAGCCGCCGGGGAGGGAGAGAACGCCUCGACGGAAGACGCGGCAGCGAGGGAAGAGGAGAUGAGGAGACGCGUGUGGCGCGAGACAGAGAGACACAUGAAGAGUCUUUUGGGGGGAGGAACGCAGGUCGACGUCGACGACGACUUCCAUUUCAAUGACUCCUGGCUUGCAGAAGGUUACGAGGAUAUCAGCGCCGAGCCGCGAUUCGUCCCCCCGGACUGGACAGACGUUCCGCGACCUUGCAAGAACUCGACUGCGAUCACUACGCUGACGGCGUCGCAUUUGACGAAGCCGGUCAUCGACACGGCCGAUCCUCGCCAGCGAAACAGGCUGAGGAUCCAGUAUUUCUCUCCCAAGGAGAAGAAGCGACAGGCGUUCUGGCAGUCGCUCCUGACUGUCGGUCGAGAGAGCGCACACUCCCGUCUCUCCGCCGCUCACGCGUGGCUCAGCGAGCGCCAUGAACAGCAACAGGAAGAGGCUUACAAGAACCGACGACAAAUCGGCGAGCUUAUGAUUCUGAGGGAGAGGCGGCGACGAGAAAAACAAAGAGAACUCGAACAAGCUGGAGGCAGAUACAGGCCGCCGCAGCCGCCGCCGUACCCACUGCCGCUCCACUACCUCUACGUCAACCAUCGACUGUACAAUGCGUUUAAGCUGAUGAAUGUGAUCGGUUGGGAGGCGUGUCUCGACUUGCCUACUCCGCAUGCACGUCUCGAAGCUUUUCGUCACGAGCACAACCUUCGGUCCUUCUACCUCUUGCCUGUCGACGACCGCGUGAGUCUCACGGCCGGCAUUGAAAGGAGAGAGGCGCCGGGCAAGAAACCGAAAGCUGCGCAAGUCAGCAACGCGCGCAAACGCCCUGACGCGAACCAAUCGUCCUCACAUCAUUACAGUGUCGUCUUCUCCGUACCCGACUCAACGUCGGCUCCUUCGCCACUACAUUCUUCCUCGUCUUCUUCUCCCUCCUCCGCGUCUUCUUCGCUGGUCGUGCCUCUGCGCUUGGGCGACUUCUUCCUUCCGAACAUGGACGCGGUGUUGGUCUUGCGGGACGGCGUGAUCGAUCCGCAGCUGAGUCGAAACUUGGAGAAAUUCGGAGGCGUGGAGGGAGGCGAAGAAGAAGUCGAGGGAGCCGGCCUGCUGGAGAGAGGCAUGCGCGCGACUUUUCACGGAGACGAGGAGAGCACGACACAACGAGGAGAAAGAAACGAAGGCGAGAGAAGAGAAGCUAACGAGUCAACGAACGACGAAGGAACGAACAAGGACGGAGCCGGGCAAACUGGUGGAGGCACCGGGGGGGGCUGCUGUGGGGGGUCAGGGCAGAAGCCGGGUGGACGUACACCCGGGGAAGGGGGAGAGGAGGAAGAGCCUUGUGCUUCUCAUGGGACACAAAGCACCCAACACCACGGCGCUGGGAAUGCAUCUGAAGAUGACGCAGAAGGCGAAGAAGAAGAAGCCUACGUUGGAAGUUUUCUGAACAUUCGCCAUCCCGGGGUGCGGAGUGCAGUCGCCCAAGAACUGCAGUUCGUUCCUGAAUAUUCAAACUACUGGAGAACAAAUACUCAGCCUUUCCAUAGGGGACAGAUUGGAAAAACAAGUCGGAAGUACGACAGCGACUUUGCGAUUUACGACUACCGGAAGCUGGACUUUGGGAUGGCGAAGUUUUCCGCGCUGAAUCUGGCGAGCAUGCAAGACGCUGCAUGCAUCGUGGUGGGCGACGACCCGCGGUACGACGAAAAAACGCAGGAAAAAGUGAAUGAGGAGAAACGCGCUCGAGGCAUGGCGAUGGUCGACGCACUUGUGGCAGGCGCAGACAAGGGGAGGCGGAACGUCGACGAAAAGCGAGGAGAACGUGGAAACGACGUCGACUCCGGAGCGACAGCGACGAGCGCGAAGAACCGUCUCUGGGAAGAGGGUGCCGGGUCGACGGACAGGCGGACAGCCGAGGGAGCUGUCACACAGCGCCAGGAGGUCGACCGCGAGCGAGGCCGCGAGGAAGUGGACCAAAUGGCGAAAACGGAGCAGAUGGAGACGCCAAGGAGUGCAGCCUCACCGGGGUGUGCGGAGGCGUCUGCAGCGACUGGCGAGAAGACGGGAAUGAAAGAAAAGAUGACACUUGAGUCACUCAUUGACGCCAUUGAAGAAAGUCAAGACUCUCGAGGACCUGAAAAAGGGAUCGGAGUCGAAGCGGAUCGACAGAGGAGGAAAGAAAUGAAAUUCCAAGUUCUACACCUCCUCACUUCUGAUCUUGUCGACCUUCUUCCCUACCUUCCUCCGUAUAACCAUUCACUUCCGUUUUCCUCUCCUCCGCCUUCUCUUUCUUCUCCACCUGCGCAUCCGCUGGUGAAUCCGCGGCUCGUUGUGCAUGUGGGAAGGGGGGUGAACUGCACGCUUCACCAAACCUUUCUUUCACUCUCUGAUCUCUUGCCCGAGAAUGACCAACAGAGACUCGCCGAGGCAGGCGCGCGCCAGGAGAUGGCCCGACCGGCUUAUAUGCGGGGCCGCGGCAGAGGUGGAUUCGUCAACUCAAACACACGCAUCGUCUUGGAGUCCGACGCAGAGCUCCACCACGUCUACGACCAGGAACAGGCGAUCGACUCCUGGCACAUGGAAAACCUCAGCGUCCAGAUGGGCAAGAACAGCACCUACGUUCUCCGACAAGUCGACCUCGGUGCACAAGCCGGACGCUUCAAUCUCCAGAUUGAAGGCGCCGAGUCCAGCAGACACACCUCACUGGGGCUAGCCGUGUUGAAUGGACACCAAGAACAUGGGAAGUACGAAAUGUUUCAUCACCUAAAACCUCGUGGCGAAACGACGCAAAUCAUGAAGUCCUUGGUCGGUGGGAAGGCGCGGGCAGUGUGGCGGGGGCGAAUUCGCAUUGAACGCGACGGCAUUGGAACCGCGGCAGAGUCUCUGAAUCGCGUUGUUCUUCUCGACGAAGGCUCUCGUUGCGUCGCCAUCCCAACUCUGGAAAUCAUUCCUGACGACGUGGUAAAAGCCAAUCAUGGAGCAAUGAUCCGAGAUCUCGACAUCGAGCCUCUCUUCUUCCUCAUGUCGAGAGGAAUGGAUGAACUCGAGGCCCGAAAAAUGCUAAUGAAGGCGUAUGCGGAUGAUGUGAUUUCGCCGAUUGGCGACGAAAAUCUCCGCGAGCGCGUUUUCAAAAAAAUCUUCUCCAUGGCACCGAAAAAGAAGAAAAAACUGAAACGUCACCAUAUGUUCAAGGGUGGCGAGCAUGCAUAGCCGUGAUGUUCACUUCGGGCAGUGCAUGCGCAUGCGCAUGCAAGUCUAGAGGGUGUAGAGUCAUCCGAAAAGGGGCAUUAGUCUAUGUUGAAAAACUUCCCUUUGAAGAGAGGAAACUUGGUCGUGUGGCUGGUUUUUCGCGAACAACGUGUCAGAUCUACGUGGCUUAAGCUCUUGCCUUUCCACUGGAUCUGCAUGCGUGAAACUCACCUCUAGAAUUUUGGCUUGCGCAACAGUGCAUGCAUCCGGAUGCAUGCUUAUGUAGGAAGAGACUGCUUCUUCACCUACGAUAACUCGGUGGUUCAAUCGCCCUCAGGCUCCUCACCGCAGGUCGCUGCAUGCAACUAAACAUAUACGCGCGUGUAUGUGUGCAAAUGCAUGCAAACAAGCAUAUAUGUCUAAUUACAUAUAUGAUGUAUACAUACAUAUGCAUGCGUAUGUAUGUA